AUGGGAGCGUACCUCGAUAAACCAGUAACUGAAAAGGAAUCCGAAAGUGGCCAAGGAAAUGGCUUGACAUAUGGCGCCACUUGUAUGCAAGGAUGGCGUGUAAAACAGGAGGACGCCCAUAAUUGUAUCAUUGAGUUAAACGGUGAUUGGAGUAUGUUUGCCGUUUAUGAUGGUCAUGGCGGCGAUGAAGUGUCUAAAUAUACAGCUAUGAAAUUUCCUGACUUUUUAAAGGAAAGAGAGUUUUGGGCAAGCGAUGACCUUGUACCCACAUUACAACAAAUAUUUGUUGAUUUUGACGAUGUACUACGAUCAGAAGAUGUUAUGAAGGAAUUAAAGAGAAUGGCCAAGGAAAGUGAAGAUGUUCCUGAUAGAGAUGAUGACUGCGAUAAUAGCUCAGAUGAAUGUGACAGAAUACAAACAAUUGAAGAAAGUGCCAUGCCAUUAGAAGAAAUUCUGUCUAGAUUCUAUAGGCAAGGAUAUGUUAUAGGACGGAAUCUUUCAAAAGGCAAGCCUACAGCCGAGGUGAAUGGGAAAGUCUGCUGUAACAAUGAGGAACCAGAAUGCGGUGAAGAUAAAUGCCCGAAAGGCAAACGACAAAGCCGAUCACCGACACAAGAACCAGCCAAGCGUGCCAAAACCGAGGGAAAUGAUGGCGAAGGGGACACCGUCAGCACUGAGGUGAAUGCCAGUGAGAGUGCAGAUUCGAUCGCCCCAGUGAAGGAGGCUCCCAACGAGCCAGCGGUCGAGAGGUAUGGAAAGUUUUUGUUGAUCCGAAAGGUGGUGCAAGUUGUACAUUGCCUUUUUUCAAGCAACACGAAUAACUCGAACAAUGAGGAUCAUGCAGCAGCAGAUGAGCAUAAAGCCGUAGAAGGAAAUGGGCAGACUCCGCCAAUAAUUAAAACGAAACAGAAAAAAGUGCCAGUGAAUGCCGAUAAAAAAGCUGACGAUGGCAUCGCGUGA